CGGGCGCUGAUUGGUUGAUCGCUGGCAGCCAAUGGGGAGGAGGCUUGCUGGGCGGAAACGAGAGGAAGAAGGAGAAGGAGGGUGAGGGAGAGAGAAGAGGAGAGGAGAGAAGAGAAGGAGGCCGGGCCGGACGGAGCCGGGGCGCCCUCCCUGCCAUGGCGGAGUCCCCCGAGGAGACGCUCCUGUACGUGGAGCACCACUAUGUCUGUUCGGAGUGCAACCAGCAGUUUGGCAGCCUGGAGGAGGCCGUGGUGCACCAGGAGACCCACCUCUGCGCCCCAGAGCAGCCGCAGCAGCACCACCAGCCGCAGCAGUACGAGGUGGUGGGCCUGGCGGAGGCCGGGCUGGUGGCGGGGGGCGAGGGCGCCGUGUUCCAGACCCUGGCCGUCCAGGAGAGCCAGUACCAGUGCCUGGAGUGCGGGCAGAUCCUGCUCUCCCCGGCCCAGCUGCUGGAGCACCAGGAGAUGCACUUCAAGAUGGCGGCCCAGGAGUCGGAACCCCUGGCCAAGGCGCUGGUGAGCUCCAGCCAGAUCCACUACGAGUGCACCGAGUGCAAGGCCCUCUUCGCCAGCCAGGACGUCUGGCUCGCCCACCGCCAGAGCCACCGCAAGCUCCUCGAGCCACCGCCCCCGGCCCACCCACCCCAGAGCCGGGCCCUCGUCAGUUUGGAGCACUCCUACCGGAAGCCUGAGGAGGGGGCCGCCCUGGGGGGCACCGUGCAGCUCCUCAUCUACGAGUGUGGCGACUGCCUUCAGCUCUUCCAGUCUACCGCGGAGUUCGUGGAGCACCAGGCCACCCACCACGUCAUCCAGGCGCCCCCGGGGCCCCAGGUCAGAGAGACCCUGGCUUCCUUGCCAACAGUGGCGGAGGCGAAGCAGACCCCGGCCUCGGCGACAGCGGGAUACAACGGGGUAGUGGCUGCAGCCUCCUCCAGCGUCACAGCCUCAGACCACAGCUACGAGCUCAAGAACACCUCUGGGGAGCAGCCACUGCCCCCGCCGCCCCGUAAAGCCACAAAGCCGGCCUCCAAAGCACUCCUGUGCGUGGAGUGCAACCAGCUCUGCCCCUCGGCCCACAAGCUCCAGCUGCACAUGCGCAGCCACCAACAGGGUGCCUUCAAGUGCCCACUUUGCGCCAAGGUCCUGCCUUCACCGGGCGCCCUGGAGAAGCACCGCGAGGAGCACAGCGGCGAGUCGCGCUUCCUGUGUGUGGACUGCGGCCUGGGCUUUGGCACGGAGGCUGUGCUCCUUGCCCACCGGCGCACCCACUCUUCCAACCCGCUCUACCGCUGCACCUGUGGGAAGACCUUCAUCAACAUGACCAAGUUCCUCUACCACCGGCGCUCCCACAGCUCUGGUGAGGCCCCCAACACGCCCAGCUCUCCCCCUGAGGACCAGCCGUUGGAGGAGGAGGAGGAGGAGGAAGAAGAGCACGGGGAAGGGGAGGCGUCUCCGAUGGAGGUCCCGGAGCAGCAGCAGGAGGAGGACGAGGUGGUCCCAGUGGCCCUCAUCUGCUCAGUGAGGGACGUGGCCCUCUCUGUGAGGGGCGGCGGGGCCCAGGGGCCGGGGGAGUUCCCCUGCCAGAUGUGCGACAAGACCUUCCCCAAGCAGAACCAGCUCUCGCGCCACCAGCGCUUUGCCCACAAGAUGGAGCGGCGGCACAAGUGCCCGACCUGCGGGAAGAUGUUCAAGAAGAAGUCGCACAUGCGCAACCACCUGCUGACCCACACCGGGGAGCGGCCCUUCCAUUGCAAGGAAUGCAGCAAGAGCUUCAACUCCCCGGCCAACCUGCAGCGCCACCGGCUGACGCACACGGGCGAGCGGCCCUACCGCUGCGAGAUCUGCCAGAAGUGCUUCACCCAGAGCUCCACCCUCCAGCAGCACCUCCUGGUGCACAACCGCCUCUACCCUUACAAGUGCCAGGAGUGCGGCAGCGUCUUCCACCGGCCCUACCGCCUACUCAUGCACCGCUACCACCACACGGGCGAGUACCCCUACAAGUGCCAGACCUGCGGCCGCUCCUUCCUGCUCCGCCGGCUGCUGGAGGUCCACCAGCUCAGCCACACCGGCCAGCAGCCCCACCGCUGCACCUCCGGCUGUGGGGCCGCCUUCGUCUCCGCCGAGCAGCUGCGGGAACACAAGUGUGGCAAGAUGAGCCGCCACUUCGAGUGCUCCGUCUGCAGCAAGAAAGUGGGCUCCGCCGCGCAGCUGCGGGCCCACGAGCGCCUCCACGGCGACCUCGGCGUGCCCCCCGGAGCGGUCCCACCAGGGCAGGAGGGGCCCCCGGAGCCGCCCGCCCCACCACCCCCUCCUCCGCGGCCCCGCCGGGCCCCCUCCAAGGCCUACGAGUGCGGCGACUGCAAGAAGCUCUUUAGUACGGAGACCUCGCUGCAGGUGCACCGCCGCAUCCACACCGGGGAGCGCCCCUACCCCUGCCUGGACUGCGGCAAGGCCUUCCGGCAGUCCACCCACCUCAAGGACCACCAGCGCCUGCACACCGGGGAGAAGCCCUUCAAGUGCGGGGAGUGCGGCAAGGCCUUCACCAUCGCCGUGCGCCUGGCUGAGCACAAGCGCAUCCACACCGGCGAGCGGCCCUACAACUGCGACGACUGCGGGAAGGCCUACCGCUCCUUCUCCAACCUCUGGAAGCACCGCAAGCUCCACCAGCAGCAGCGCCUGCAGCAUGAGAAGGAGGUCAUGGAUGAGGCCAUAGCGGCGGCAGCAGCGGCGGCAGCUGCAGCGGCCACAUCCACCACCACGACCGCCACUCCCCCCUCGGGACCGGGCGAGCAGGUGUAUGGCAACACCGUGACUAUCAUGGAGACCAUCCCCGUGCUGGAGACCAUCGAGAUCUACCCGACCGACGGGGGCGUCCACUUCGAGAACAUCCAGGUGGAGAACGUCCAGAUUGGGGGCGUUUGAGGGGGGCUGGGGGGGCGAGGGGGCAGUGGGUCACUGCUCCCCGGCUCCCCCUCUUCCUCCUACUUCCGGGCUCGGUUCUAGAGCAGGCUUGGGCCAAAUG